GGUCGAGUUUCAGUUAUUUCCCAGGAAGAUGUUUUCCAGGCUGGAGUUUCAGUUCUUUCCCAGGAAGAUGUUUCAGAUCUUUUACAGGGUGGAAUUUUAGUUCUUUCCCAGGAAGAUGUUUCAGAUCUUUUACAGAGUGGAAUUUCAGUUCUUUCCCAGGAAGAUGUUUCAGAUCUUUUACAGGGUGGAAUUUCAGUUCUUUCCCAGGAAGAUGUUUCAGAUCUUUUACAGGGUGGAAUUUCAGUUCUGUCCCAGGAAGAUUUUUCAGAUCUUUUCUAG